AUGUUUUGGUUCCUGUUGUUUUUAUCUUUGCAAUGUAAAGUUAAAAAACCUAACAAAAAUGCAGUUAAAAUCACUAAAUCUAACAAUAGUUCAGCAAUAAAAGGAAGAUUUUACAUUAAUGUCCUUCCAGCACCACUAGAAUUCGUGCUGUAUAAAAAUGAGAUACCCAAAACUGUUGAAAAUUUUGUUCAACUGUCUACAGGCAAAUUUAAUCCAAAAGUUACUUACUCUAAUACUAAAUUUCAUAGGCUUAUAAAAAAUUUUGUGAUUCAAGGUGGUGACAUAAUCAAUGGUAAUGGAACAGGUUCGAUUUCAAUAUACAAUGGAAAAUUUAAUGACGAGUCAUUUUUAUAUAAACAUGAGUAUGGUUCAAUUUCUAUGGCAAAUUCUGGACCAAACACUAAUGGAUCACAAUUUUUUAUAUGUUUUGAUAAGAUCCCCCAUCUCGACGGUAAACAUGUAGUCUUUGGAAAGGUUGUCAAUAUUGAAUUACUCGAUAUAUUAAACAAUAUUACUACAGAUAAAGCUGAUAAACCAAUUAAUGAUGUAAUAAUUCAAAAGAUUGAAAUUGAUGAACAAGAAAACGAACGUGUUUUAUAA